CUCUAGACCUCGUUUUGCUUGAAGUCUAAGGUGAACCGCAGCUUUGCACGACGACGACGCUGGCUGCGUCGCGCGGUAGGCAAGCGCCCCCUCGACAGCGCUGAUCCGAGAUCGCAACAUUGGCUAGACUCCAGCCGCGCGCCAAAGGCCCCAAGGAGAGCACUGCAGCGGGAAUCGCGAACGGCGCAAACGACAGCGCAACCAUGCCGCCGAAGCGGCGCAGCUCCCCCACGACCGCGCCGAGCGCCAAGAAGCCGCGCGCGAAAGCUCAAGACACAGAAGAGGCCUACGUCGAGGGCGACGCCUGGCUCUUGCCCGCCUUGCAUAAGCACGGCGGCGAGGACUUCGAAGCUGUGGCGAACGAUCCAGCCUUCGACGGGCCGCGCCGGGGCCGGACGGCGGGAGAGCUAGAAGUAGCAUUAACCCAGUGGAUGUCGAGGCCCAUGAGCAAACCGUCGCCGCGGAAGGGUUCACCUAGAGCUAGAACCGCAAAAAAAGACGACAAUUUUGUCGCGCUCGAAGAUAGUAGUGAAGAGGAAGAGCCUGUAGCGAAGAAACCGAAAAGCACACCGGUCUGUAGUGUGUGCAAGAAGCAGGUGCCUACCGAAAAAUGUGCUAUUUGUAGCAAACGUUUUAGCAUGAAGUGCGCCGGUCGGGAGCGGGUGCCGGAUGCAGGCGUGUUCGAGUGCGAUAGUUGUGAAGCGAAGAAUUUGUGCCACGAGACGUGCGGUGGUGGGAAGAGUGGGAACAAGCAAGCCGACUAUAGAUGUGGGCAUUGCGGUCGGAGAUAUUGUGAACAAGCCUUACGGGAGAACGGCCAACGGGCCCCGCAGGGCGAUCUGUGGCGGUGCUUCCGGUGCGAAGCGUCGUACGGUUUGGAGGCCAUCGAGUGCCACGACGGGGACUGGUACCUAUGCACGUGGAAGGCUUCUGCCGAUUGGCACGCGUCCCGACCCGUGUGGAAAUCAAAUGUCGCGGCGCAUCUCCCACGGCCCAAUUCUGACCUCCACGCCAUCGACGCGACGCCUGCUCGACGGCGUGACGGUGUGUCGAUUCCUCACCGCUCGAUGGAGCCAGCACGGCCGCGUGCACGCGACUCACUGGUUGACUAUCACACAGGUCAUGGGUCCAGCGGAAAAGAGUAGAAGGUCUAUCGAAGGGCAAACUGCGCAACUACGAGAAGCGCGUCCGCGACUACGGCGUCGGUCUGGAAUUAGCCGACGGCGACUCGGACAACGACGAGGACGAGGACCCUAGUUGGAAGCGCGGCGACGCCAUCAAACUAAGAAGGCUCGCGGCGGCUACUAGGAACUCGGGCAGCGGGUUUAGCGUCGUGCCGCAGCGCGUUCUAGCCGAGCGGCCUUUUAGCAUUGACGGACGAGCGACGAAGACCCGAGAUUUACUCGUGAAGUGGAGAGGUAGGCCCUACGACGAGUCGUCCUGGGAGCGCGAGUGCGAUCUGGAUCGGUGCGGCACGUCGUUCCGGGAAGCUUUUGAUGAGAGAGAAAGAAGUGUAGAUACGCCUGCUAUUAAGGCUAAGAGACAACUCGGCACUACUACUCGCAAUAAGGCCCUCAAAAGUACACAACCGGCGUGGUUCGACGGUGGAACACUAAGAGAUUAUCAAUUGCAGGGCCUCGACUGGCUCCGCGCGAAAGCGCAAUCCAAGACCAGUUGUAUCUUGGCCGACGAGAUGGGCCUCGGCAAGACGAUCCAGUCCGCCGGAUUGCUAGCGUCGUUAAUUUACGAGCGUUCGGAGAAGGACUGGCGCCCGGCACUCGUAGUAGCGCCUCUGUCGACGUUACAGAACUGGGAGCGCGAGCUCGAGAAGUGGUGUUCCGAUUUGCACUGCGUCGUUUUAACAGGAUCCGCGUCGGCGCGAGACGUCUGUAAAGAUGCGGAAUUCGACAAGACGCGACGCUUCCACGUGUGCAUCACGUCGUACGAGACGGCUUCUUCUGAGAAAUCAGCCUUAAAAAGUAUAGGGGCGUGGUCCUGCCUGAUUGUUGAUGAGGGCCAUCGCCUCAAGUCGGGCAGUGCCGGCCGAUUAUUUCGGGAGCUACAUGACUUAGAUAGCGCCUUUCGCGUGUUACUUACUGGUACUCCCUUGCAGAAUUCAUUAGAUGAGCUCUACCACCUACUACUCUUCCUAGACCCGGAGCGCGUGAAAAAAGAAUGCUCUGUCGAAGGUACAACAGCCAUCGCGGCGCUAGAUCAGGUGUUUUCCUCCAACGAAGAGGACGAGGCGACCCAGAAGCGCCUCGCGAAUUUGCGGGAGUUGUUGCAGGGUCGCAUGCUGCGGCGCCUCAAGGACGACGUCCUCAAGGGAGUGAUCAAGGCGAAGAAGGAGCUCGUGGUGCGCGUCGAGCUCACGCCGACGCAGAAGAAGUUAUAUAGGGCGGUUUUGACGGCGAACUUCCCGGCCUUGAGUGGCGCCGAAGGGUCCAAGUCGAAGGCUCGAGCUCCUGCUUUACAAAAUAUAGUGAUGCAAUUACGAAAAGUGUGCAACCACGUCGAGCUCAUGCGGGACAAGUUCCCGGAAGAUAUGAUCCAAGGCGACCGCGUCGAAGCGUUAUUGCAGGGCUCGGGCAAGCUCGCUUUACUAGAUAGGAUGCUCCUCAAACUAAAAGAGGCCAAGGCUCGAGUUCUGUUAUUUUCGCAGAUGACAAGAACGUUAGAUGUGCUGGAGGAAUUUGCAGCGCUAAAACGGUACGGCACGACGCGCUUAGACGGGUCGACCGCUUCAGAUAUAAGGCAAAAACGCAUCGACGCCUUCAACGCUCCGGACUCCAAGCUAUUUCUGUUCUUACUUAGUACGAGGGCGGGCGGGCUCGGGGUCAACCUAGCAACAGCGAACACUGUCGUUAUUUAUGACGCGGACUGGAACCCUCAUAAUGAUCUACAAGCUUUAGCGAGGGCGCAUCGACUCGGCCAACGGGACGCGGUUCGGGUCUACAGAUUCGUAUCGAGGGCAACAGUCGAGGAGCGCAUUGUGGCGGUCGCGAAACGAAAGCUGUGCCUGGAGCACGUCGUCGUGUCGGGUGCCGGUUCCAAAAACCUGUCGAGGGCCGAGUUGGAUGACGUGCUCAAGUACGGCGCGUCUGAGUUGUUCUCCGGUGGCGCCGCGGCCGACGUCGACGCGUCGCGAGCCGAGAGAUACGGUGAUGGGAAUACGAACAAACCGGAGAUCAAGUGGGACGACGACGCCAUCUCUGCUUUAUUACAUAGGGAGCCAGAAGUAGAGAACGAGGAGACACCGGUCGCCGAGAAAAACAACCUAUCAAAACUGAUGGACUCCUUCAAAGUCGCCGAAAUAAGCUUCGAGGAGACCGACGAAGUACCGGAAGAGGAAGAAGAGCCUUCACCUGAGUUUGAAGGAUGGGAUAAGCUGUUAAAAACUGGUUACGACGCGACGCAACAAAAAACGCAGGAAAGUUUGGGGAAGGGCAAACGAGAACGGAAGCAGAUCAAGCAGGGUCCCGUGCUGGUGUUAGAUGAGGAAGAUGAUGAUCUGGACGAUGGCGAUUUUCAUCACGUAGAGUCCUGUGUGGAAAUCAACCAGUGUGUCGGGUGCACUUCGCGGCGAUGCCGUGCUGGCUCGGUCGAGCGGUGAGGAACCGGCAUCGCCACGCCAUCGAGCAGGCGUCGCGUCGAUGGCGUGGAGGUCGACGCGACGAUUCAGGACGAACGCGCCGUAAAUUUGAUUUCCACACAGGUCGAGUCGGAUUCAGAUGAUUCGGUCGAGAUAGAUGUAACUAGACCCGUGGCGUCGUCGAUCGCCAAGGUCGCCGCGAAGCUGGAGCGGUUUGGCCUGCCCGGUGGGUUGUCCGAUGGCGGUGUGUUGGCGCACGAGCGGCUCGAGAUGGGCUCGCUUGCUGAUUCUCCUGCGGCUACAAUGAAACUAUGUAGGGAGGCCUUAGAUGAGUGUCUACGACAGAAGGCCGAAGGGUAUGAUGCGUCCCGAGAUCCCUUCGACGGCGAUAGAGUACUGCGACGCGUCGGGUUCUUCGCACUUGUGGAACGGAAGUUGAGACGAAGAGCCUCGGAGAUCCCGCACAGCGGUGUCGAGUUCAGCAGGGACAUCACGGAACGAUAUUUAAACGAUACGCACGUCGCCUGGACUCCCGCACAUGAUGCUAGAUUGUUGGCGGCGGUGUGUUGCCACGGGUACGGGCACUUCGCGGACGUCGCCCUCGACGAAGCUUUCGAUCUCGUGCCGCCGCCGACCCUACAGAACAGGGCAUACGGUUCGGACUCCGAGGAGGAUCUGCGGGAGGAGUAUACGGUGAAAGAUGCCUCGGUCUUUUAUAGAUCAAGGGUGGAUCGCUUGGAACGCGCUCUAGCGGCAGAAGCUUCCGGCGAGAAGCCUUCCGCAUCGCAGAUGACGCCGACGAAGGCGACGCCGGUUGUGGGCAAAUUUAUUGAAUCGUUAACUUCGGUGCCGUGUCCCUCUUUAUCUGAACCUACACAUGUCGAGGAAGACAGCGCCGUCGACGAAUCGGUCAGGAAGCGCUGGGAGACGAUCAGGAAUGUGGUAGCGUGUACGUUGAAAGCUAGGAAGGCCUACGACGAGAACAUGCAGUCCGCGACGCAGCAUUUCGGUUCUGCUUAUGCCGGGAAAGUUAAGGAAGCGGCACCUACCUCUGCUGAUGAUCUACAAAGUUUCCGGGCGAACCACGCCGCGGCUCGACGGUGUCUGGAGCGAGCUGACGAUCGGCUGGACGCGGUGCUCGCGGCUGAGGCUGCCUUGGACGCGACGAGGAGGGAAGUCGCGCUGGCCGAUGCAGAACCGGACCCCGACGCCCUACAAAUGAGGGAAAAGUGGCAGUCCCAGGAGUGGCGCCGCGACGACGCCAAGGCCGAGCAGCGCCUGCGCAAGAUCAAGGAGCUCAUGAAGACCGAUCAUGUUAGGCGGUUCGCUCCUCUGCUGACGGGCCAACAAGAGGCGCCGGCUCCGGGCUAGUGUUGUUGAGGUAUAGCUUCUUAUACAUA